AUGAUUCUACUUUCCGUGCCCUUGCUUUUUGGUAUUGCCUACUGCGCUUAUCCUUCGGGUAUCGUCGAAGUGGUUCUCGCGAGCGAGUCGCAGCAGACUGCUUCAGAUGACUUCCUUGAGCUUUUUUACGAGUUCGCCAGGAAACAAGGAAUACAUCUCAACAAGAGGAACUUUCGCGAGCUUGAAAGUAAUAUAAACGGUUUGCCUGUUGCGAAGUAUGGUCUUCGCGGCAUUGACUGCGAAAAGCUCCGUAAAUUUUUGGGUGAAAUCAGAUCGCAAAAAUACCGUCUUCAAUAUGCAUCGGUCAAAUGUGGACGAACGACAGUCUCAUUCUGCAUGACGUUUGAUUCGACACGCAAGAAAGCUCCAAUUUUGAAAAUACCAUACCGCGAAAGUGUUAUGUUGGCGUCCACCAGUUCACCUUAG